AUGGCGACGCCUCGCCGUUCUGUUGGCUUUCCUCACGCAAGGAAUCUCUCUGGCUCUGAUACGGAUAUCGACUCCGACUCUGCCGGGGCAACCGACUUCGGUUCUGACAUUGACGGCAGUCAGCCGUCUUCCGAGAUCGACUCCACCCCUCUGCCUCAAACUCCUCCUCAGAUCAACCGUCCUAUCAAGGUCGCCUCUGACUGGUCUCCGGCCAGCCCGGUCAGCGUGCAAUCGUUCGAUAACAAGGCGCAUCGCCUCACUCGACCUCUCGGUGCGGAAAGCUCUCAGCGGACCAUCGUCUCGGAACCGUUACCGUCGGAGUUCUGGGCCAUUUUGAAGAAGUUUGAAGUGAAUCCGGUGGAUCACGAUUUCAUGGUGUACGUAUUCGAGGAGAUAUGGAGCUUGCGGGAAAUUUGGGAGCUCUCCAACCCCGAUCACUUCGUGCAGAAGGACAUACCCCACAUUGAGGAACGUCGCUGCUGGGUGCUGCAGGACAUACUGUCCAAACUCUGGCAGCUGAACCCCGCUUAUCCCGACGCGUCGGACAAUGAAGACACAUCAAUGCUCCACGCUAAUUUGGAUGACGACGACGACGUUUCAAUGCACCACACUGAUUCGGACGAUGAUUCCUACCAACCUCGGCUCAGCAUGUGGUUAGCUUUCCUUCAACGCGUGCGCGUUGACUUCUGGCCGGAGUCUCGGAAAGCAGUGUCAGUGGGGGAGCUCCAGUACGAGAUGAAGAAGAUGGCCGGGGCUUUGGACCUCAUGUCCACCCUUCAAGGCUUCGUUAUCGCGCUGGUUGUCCCAACCAGCACGGGUACCGGGUAUCACUCGCCCCUCCUAGCUCUGGAAGAGGAUAUGCCCGCCUUACAGGCAUGCCUCAUUUCGUACGAGCGGGCUGAGUUCGGCGACUUCCGCACAUGUGUGGAGGAGGCGCGAGGCUUAGAGGACUGGGAGAAGGAGACAUCGCACUUCUUGGCUCCUUGCCUGGCAGCCUCACCUUCCUGCGUCGCAGCUGCAAACCAGCCCAGUGGAUGGGCGCGGAUCCUCAAGGAUCGGUUAUAUUCCAUCAUACACUCAUACAGCUAUGCUCAUCUGGGCAUCACGCCUCUUGAUCGCGCCCUCAAGCGCGCCAUCCCCACGGAGCCCCAGUGGAAGGAGCGGGUGGACCUCCUCGCCCACGAAUGCCUCAAUGACAUCAUCUUCUUCCUCGACCAGUCCGUCGGGCAUGUAGCGCAUGAGUUCGUCGGCGGACUCAGAGGUUUCGAGCGGGGAGCCCUGCUGGAGACGACCCCCGUCUGGUCCUCGUAG